GUAUGACCCGCGGCAGCGUUGAAAGUUGGGUGAAAGUGGACCCUUGUGUCUGUUGGUUGCUAACGUUAGCUGCUAAGUACCUGCGCCACACGUCUGAUCAGAGAAAUCAACACGUCCGUGCUGGAGUGGAACAGAUCUGUGGACACUGGUCUGAAUUUCCCCUGAAACCUCGUCACAUCCUCUGAAAUCUGCAGAGAAUACCCUGCUGUGGAGGUGAUGUUGGGAAACCAGGAUGGUCUUAGCUGGGACCUCUGAUUCCAAGAAGAGCUGUGAGGACUGUGAGCCUCUGCUGCUGAGUUACCAGCUGGCUUUUUGUGCGUGACCACAGCUGGACAGACAGACGGAGGCUGAACAGACAGUGUGACGGGGAUCAUAAAGGCUGUCGUGUUGCCGGGAUCGUUGCUGGCUGAUCUACCAGACCUGUAUUUGAGAUAAAGAGCUCCCAUCAGAUCAGCUGUACUGGGGCUGACCCCGAUCUACAGCCAUACCUCCUUCUGGGUCACCGCUGAGCUAACAGAGGUGGUCUGGCCGGACCUGAUGUGGAAUUUCACCCCGACUGACCCUGUCCCACAAGAAGCCUCUCACUGAGCCCGGACUUGGAAAAAGGAAGAAUAAAGGAGAGGGGUAACGGCGAAGAAAGGAGGAAGAAAAGGAGAGAAGUGAGAACAGCAGCAGCACAGUGACCGGAUCCUCCAGCAUGCCGGUUGAAACGCUGCGGCCUUCAGACGGCCGUUUAGCCGGAGUUCCCUUCACCUCGGCCAUGCCCUUCAGGAUACUUAACAAGGGCCCGGAUUACUUCCGUCGCCAGGCUGAGCCCGGGGCCCGUAAACUGAGUGCGGUGGAGCGCCUGGAGGCCGACAAGGCAAAGUACGUUAAGAGCCAGCAGGUGGCCCUCACCCGUCAGCCUCCUAUUAAACCACCAAUCAUCCGCAAGCCCCUCGUCCCUCCGGGGAUGAUGUUCCAGUGCCAGAUCAGCACUCCUCCAGCCCGCAAGUUUCCCCGCUGCCCAGUGGAUGUGGAAAACAGAGGAGGAAGAGAGGGACCAGGAGGGAGGAGAGGACCUGCUCUUAACUUGGAUAUUCUGAAUAAUCUAAUCAAUGAUGUAUGUGAUGGACCAUUGCCCAGUUCCCAGUCUUCUUCCUCUACCUCUCCCUCCUCAUCAUCUCCUUCGUCAGGAGCUAAGAGCAUUGGCAGCAGCCUCUCAGCAGAACAGGAGAGGAGCAACAGGCUCCUCAACAACCUUAAGCCCAUGAACAACGGCAACAUCAACUCUUCAUCCAACUCUUCCUGCACUUCCUCACCAGUCAGUAACAACCUCCAUGCCCCUCCAGCAGAGCUCAUCCGACGUCCACCCCCGAUUCCAGCACGAGUGCCACGCAUCGGGCUUCCUGUGCCCUAUAGCUCCCCGAACUCAGUGACAGUACGCAGGGUGGAUGUUCGGCCUCAGGCAGAGAUAAGGAAGCCCCUGAGGGCCAUGCUGCACAUCAGGCCCAGACAGACUCCACAAGGUCAAGUUGCACACCCCCAAGUUCCACCCCCGCCUCCACCUACUCACAACCAACCCCAACCUCACACUCAGCAGAGCACCCCCUCACAAACUCUGCCCUCCCCUCCCGCCUAUCUGCCACCCAGUCCCAUGCUGGUUAGAGCGGGCAUAAUCCCGCCAGCCUCCCCCGCUUUCACACGAAUAUCAAACGCCAGCUCCAAGGGGUCAGCCCGUAAGCACCCAUCCUUGCACCGCUCCAAAUCGGACCUGAGUGACCGUUACUCCCGUGCAACAGCCGACCUAGAGCGAUUCUUCAACUACUGCGGGCUGGACCCGGAAGAGGUGGAGGUGAUGGGCGGAGUGGAGCGCUUCACAAGAGCCAACUCAGACAUUGUUUCAAUUUCCAAGCUCCGCAGCGUCAGCACGCCCAGCUCGGAGUGCGGGGAUGAGGCUGAACGGGUGAGGGAGACCGAGGGCGAUGAGGAUGGGGGCGCCAGAGCCAAUGAACGGGUCCCGUACGGCAUCUCUGUCAUUGAGAGGAACGCACGAGUCAUCAAGUGGUUAUAUGGCAUCCGUCAGGCCCGAGAUACUAACAACGCUGUUUCCAACGUAUAGACUAACGAGGACUUGAAGGAACUUGAAAUAAACAAACAGGGAAGCAGAACUUUUUAUAUGUAUACACACGUCUUUUUAUCUGGGCUGCAAGUCAGGACUGCCUCCCUGCAAGACUCGAUGGAUUUCCUUUUUCCUUCACUUGAUCUUGUAUAGCAAUACUGGUAUACGAAAGCAAUAAUAGACUGGUAUAAAUGAUGAUGGUGAGGAUGAAGCCAGGUGAUGUUUGCAAUUGUUCCUCAUGUAAAGGUACUUAAUGUGUGUGUGUGUUUGUGUAUGCAUGCGUGCGUGUGUGUGUAACAGAUAGCUUGACAGCACAAAGAUAAACUGGAAAUUAGCCACACACACACACACACAGUGUGGUGACUGUCCAGCGAGCCAGGAUGAGAACCACGUUGAUACUGUGAAACGUCACAAGAAAAGCUUCCAUAAACACAUUUGUAUUUUUUAAAAACCAUUUUGGCUGUUAGACUGUUAUUAUUAUAAAAACAUUUGUCCGCAUGUGAGUGAAACAUUUGUACACAAUUUACUUUAGGGUCUGUCAUCUCAACAAAAGCACAUGUAUUGCUCUCAAACCGGUGGUCACCUCACGGCACAGAUGUACAUUCAGGUCAUUUACAGUAAACGUGAGCAGCUGCAGUUCAUGGAUUCUUUAUAUUUGACCGUAACAUUUCUCUAGAAAAAUCUGAAAAAUAGUUUUGUGUUUCGGAUGAAGCUGCGCUGGUGCAGCCAGAGAAAUCUGUUUACUGCGUAUUGUAUGUCUUAGCACGGAUGAGAGAGCAAGUCAUAUGAUGAGGGAUGAUCUCAUAAGUGGAUGGCUGAAGUAAGUGUAGCAUGAACAGUUUUUUUGCUUCCAGAGAAAUCAUCAAAGGAUGGCUAAAAGGACUGAAGAAAAUACUCAUGGAUUAAAAGAAGAAGAUACCUAUGGUGUAUAAACAUGUCUGUUGUUCUGAAAGUGUCUCAGGAAGAUCUACUUGGCAUACUAAUGAAAAUGGACCAAUAUUUAUUUGAAAAAUGUAAAUUAAACUUAUUUUUUAAUAUUG